GCGCUCAUGACCUCCGACGCCCCCCAAAUCAAAGCCAAGGCUUCCCCUGCCAGUGCAUCUAAACCUCGAAAGAGAUUCGUCGGAAGCAAAUCAAGCGCUCCUGUGAAGUCCUCCUCUGCCGCCUUUGUCGCAAACCAGAUCCCUCAAGAUAUCCUCGCUGAUGCACAGCUGAAUAAUGCGAUCAAGCAGCUGCCAUCCAACUAUUCUUUCGAAAUUCACAAGACAAUACAUCAUAUCCGCAAGAAUAAUACGAAGAUGGUUGCGCUGCAAAUGCCUGAAGGGCUUCUUAUGUUUGCUUGUACCAUUGCAGACAUCAUUGAGCGGUUUACUGAUGCGCUCACCGUUAUAAUGGGUGACGUCACAUACGGCGCCUGUUGCAUCGACGACUACACUGCAGUGGCCUUGGGGUGCGACAUGUUGGUGCACUACGGUCACAGCUGUCUUGCAGUUCCUAUCGACCAGACGACCAUCAAGACACUGUAUGUUUUUGUCGAAAUCGCCAUCGACUCCUCACACCUAGAGCAGACGAUACGUUGGAACUUCCCCGAUGAUCGGGGUCGGUUCUAUGAAACACUCCUGGAGGGCCCUACGGAGGGCCUUGAUCACUUCAAGACCAACAGAUCAACUCUGCAGGUGUAUGAGUCAACGGAGAACAGGCUAUGGAAGGGAAAAUACGAAGCUACCAUUCCGCGAUCGAAGCCUCUGUCACCUGGAGAGAUUCUAGGUUGCACGGCGCCGACGUUGACCGACGUAGAUGCUCUAAUAUACCUCGGCGACGGACGUUUUCAUUUGGAGUCCAUCAUGAUAGCUAAUCCAGACGUACCUGCUUUCCGCUAUGAUCCCUAUUCAAAGAAGUUAACAAGGGAAUACUACGAUCAUAAAGAGAUGCAGACCGUCCGAGAGCAGGCUAUAACCACAGCGAGAAGAACGAUUGAGGCUCUCUCACGUCCCUCGGCGGCGAAGAUGCAAAUUGUUCAUGGUUCUACUCCUCGUGAGGAUCCAUUGUGGGGUGUCAUCCUUGGCACACUAGGAAGACAGGGUAGCUUCCGACAACUUCAGGCCAUCACGCGGCAGCUACGUUCCAGUCGUACGCCCAUCCCCUACAUACCCAUCCUUCUCUCAGAGUUAUCCCCGGCCAAGCUCUCUCUAUUUAAUCCACACAUUUCUACCUUUGUUCAGACGUCCUGCCCCAGGCUGUCCAUUGACUGGGGUUAUGCGUUCGACAAGCCCCUGCUAAGCCCGUAUGAAACAGCCGUUGUUGUCGGGAACACACCCGGGUGGACGAGCCCUGCCGCACAGAGGACGAAGUCGGGUGGGGUAUAUCCUAUGGAUUUUUAUGCUGCGGGCAGUCCGUGGGCUGUAUCUAGGGUGAAAGGCGCCUUC